AUGGCUGUUUCCACCCUACGCGCCCUGCUCAACCUCAUGACCGAGGCAGUAGACACCAUCGAGGGUGCUUACGCGGCUGCCAAAGCACCAUUGCCGGUGCUGGAUGACCCAUAUGACCCUCAAACCCCGAGCGAGGCCUUGCGCGCUGACCCAGUGGUGGCAAGCGCAACCACCAUCCUCAUUGCCGCCGCCGCCCAAAUCACUGCCACCGUCCGCAAUCCAGUUCAUACAGCAGUCUUGACUGCCUGUUACUUCCACGUCGGCUCUGCAGUGAGGGUGGCUUCAGAGCUCAACGUCGUCGAGAUAUUGCGGGAGGCAGACGUGCUGGCCCAAAUUCUGCGGACUCUGUCUACCUGGCACAUUUUCCGAGAGGUUGCUCCUGGGACUUUUGCCAACAACAAGAUUUCGUCGGCCAUGGACAAAGGGAAAGCCUCGAAACUUCUUGUGGAAAAUCGGGAGGAACGCUUCACUGGUGCUGUUCAUGGAACACAAGGCACUGCUGCGUUAAUCGAGUUCUGUGGUGACGAGAUAUUCAAAGCGUCUGCCAAUCUCGCUGAGACGAUUCGCGAUAUGGAUGGCGAACCGGUUUCCCUCCGACGUGCUUUUGGCUUUGAAGAAGCAUCCAUCUUUCAGUGGUAUAACCGACCAGAGAACAAGUACAGACGAGAUCGUUUUGGCAUGGCGAUGCAUAGUACCGUGUCUGCGCAAAGCCACGAGCUCAUAUUUCAAGGAUUCGACUGGAGCCAGUUGCCAGAAGGGAGCGUCAUUGUUGAUGUAGGCAGUGGUGUCGGGUCAACACCGCUGGCAGUCGCCCAACGAUAUCCUUGCCACAAAGUCGUCAUUGAAGAUUUGGCGGAGACUGUGGAAGCUGCGAAGAUUCACUGGCUUGAACAUUACCCAGAGUACAUUGAACGCGGGAUGGUCGAGUUCCAGGCUCAAAACUUCUUCGAAGCCCAACCAGCGAAUCGACUUGGCACCGCAGACGUUUAUAUCAUCCGCCAUUGUCUGCACAACUGGCGAGACAACGCCUGUAUCACGAUCCUCAAGCAGCUACGUGCCGCUGCGAAGCCAGAGACCCAGCUUGUGGUGAUGGACAGCAUCCUCCCCGUUGUUUCUGGUGGAGAACACGACGACCCACGGAUCAAGGACAUUCCUGGGGCCCUCCGCCCGCUUGCGCCGCCACCGUUGUUGCCCAAUGGCGGAGUUGGCGCGGCCAGGCUGUAUUCGAUGGACAUGACGGUACUGAACAUGCUGAAUGCAUGCGAGCGCACGGUGGGCGGGUUCGUGGACUUGUUAGGCAAGGGCGGGUGGAAGGUCGUCCGAGUCCAUCGGUUGCCGGGGGUAGAGACGUGUCAUAUUGUGGCCACGGUACUCUGA